CUGGUUUGGGAGAGUUUAAAUUGCGAGAUAUAAAUGAUGAAAUCAACAAACUAUUACGAGAGAAGGGACAUUGGGAGGACAGAAUAAAGGAACUAGAUGGACCUGAUUAUAGGAAAAUUGGACCAAAAAUGUUAGACCAUGAAGGAAAAGAAGUCCCAGGGAAUAGAGGCUAUAAAUAUUUUGGGGCAGCAAAAGAUCUGCCUGGUGUUAGAGAAUUGUUUGAACAAGAACCUCCCCCACCACCUAGAAAGACACGAGGAGAGUUGAUGAAGGAUAUAGAUGCUGAUUAUUAUGGUUACAGAGAUGAAGAUGAUGGUGUUAUUAUACCUCUAGAAAAAGAAGCAGAAAAGAAAGCAAUAGCAGAGAAGGGUACGAGCAUGGAAAGAAAACUGAAGAUUCUGAGGAAACUUCCAGAAGUUCCAAGAUUGUUUGAGAGAGAAGAAGAAGAUAUGGAUGCUGAUGUUGAAGAACCGAGCACUGCAGAGGAAUCCGACAUGACACAUUUUAUUGCACAUGUUGAUGUACCAUCACAAAAACAGAUAGAAGAAGCUUUACUGGAACGAAAAAAGAUGGAAUUACUUCAAAAAUAUGCCAGUGAUGAUCUGCAAGCUGAGGAGGGUGAAGUGAAGCAAAUGUUAGGGUUAUGAUAAAUUUUGCAGAAAUUUAGAAUGUCUUAAAGUUUGAUUAAACACAAAGUGAUAAACUUGGCUCAGUGAAAGGCAAAUGUUAGGGUGAUGAUAAAUUUUGCAGAAAUACAAAGUGACUUAACAUUUGAUAAAAUGCAAAGUGAUAAAACAUUGGCUCAAUGGCAAGGAAAAAAACACAAGCCUGAGCUUGGAAAUUGAAUUCUACUAUUGAUGUAAUGAUGUUUAAAAGUCAGAGUCAUGAUAUGAUGGGACAUAUAAAAAGACGUGAGAGAUUUUGGAAAUCAGCUCUAUUCAAAAGGCAGGUACAGGGUUAGAUGCUGAUGUAUCUAUAAAUAAUGUUCAAGAAUGUGAUGCUGUGAAUUUAUUUUGCAAUCAGGGUGUUAUGAUCAUUCACAUACCGGUAAUCAUCAGAGAUCUAGCUGUUCACACUGAUUCUCAAAGAAAUUUUAUUAAUUUGAUAAAUUUUUAUUUUUUCUAGCUUGACUUUUGAAAGAAUUAUAGUCUAUUUUUGUGGUGUGUGCAUUGUAACUGAGUUAAAUCCCUUUAAUAUCCUAAAAAUUAUUUUUCAACAGCCACAAAAGAUAUUCAUUUAAAAAGUGCAAUAGCUGCAGGUCACUAGCCAAUACCUGUAACAUUAGCAUGAGUUUUGAUGA